AUGAUUUCUGGAAGAGGUGGCGCGGGUGCUCGUGGUGGCCGCAUCCGCCCACCUCGUCGCUUUGUACGCCCAAAUGGCGAGCAUGCCGAUUUCGAAGACUGCUGGCAGAUGCUGCAGGAGGCUCUGCGCGACAUCCACAACAAAAGCUGCGGCCGGCUUUCGUUCGAGGAGCUCUACCGAGCCGCCUACAAGAUCGUCCUCAAGAAGAGAGGCGAGGAGCUCUACGACCGUGUCAAGCAAUUCGAAGAGCAGUGGUUUGCGCAGCAUGUCAUUCCCAAGAUCGAGAUCCUCGUGACCAAGAGCCUCAUCAGCGUCGGUGUCGGCCAGUCGUCGAGCUCGGCCAACGAGAGGCGACAGACAGGAGAGAAGUUCCUCAAGGGCGUGCGGGAUACGUGGGAGGACCACAACAUGUCCAUGAACAUGACAGCCGACAUCCUCAUGUACCUCGACCGAGGCUACACCCAGCAGGAGCAGAACAAGGCGCCGAUCUUUGCCACGACCAUCGGCCUAUUCCGUGACCAUAUCCUGCGCUCGUGCCUGAACGACAACACGAGCCAGCUGGUCAUCGACAUUGUCGUCUCCGUCAUGCUGGAUCAGAUCGACAUGGAGCGAGACGGAGACAUAAUCGACCGAAACCUCAUCCGGAGCUGCAGCCGGAUGCUCACGUGCUUGUACGAGACGGAGGACGAGAACGAGAGCCAGACGCUCUACCUGACCGUCUUCCAGCCGCGCUUCGUGGACAGCGGCGAGAAGUUCUACGCACAGGAGUGCCAACGCCUCUUGCGGGAUGCCGACGCCGGCACCUGGUUGAGACAGACGCAGCGGCGGCUGAACGAAGAGGUUGAUCGGUGCGGGACGUCCAUCGAGCUGGACACGCUGCCAAGGAUCCUGGACGUCAUAGAUCGCAUGCUCAUAAGCCAUCACCUGCAAGAGUUUCUGGCCCUCGAAGGCAGUGGCGCCCGAUGGAUGAUCGACAACGACAAGCUUGAGGACCUCUCGAUACUCUACAAGCUCAUCGUUCGGGUCGACGACAGCAAGUCCGCUCUUCGGGAUAUUUUGCAGAAGCGAGUCGUCGAACUCGGUCUCGAGAUUGAAAGCAGCUUGCGAGGCCUCGACUUUUCAGCCGCCCUUCGUCCCGCCGAGGGCGACGAGGGUGCCAAGGGCGACGAUGGGGCCGCCGGAGAAAAGGCCAAGGCGCCUAAUGCUGCGGCCCAGCACACGGCCGCUGCGAUCAGAUGGGUCGACGAUGUUCUGAGGCUCAAGGACAAGUUUGACAAGAUGCUGAGCCAGUGUUUCCAGGAUGACUUGGUCAUGCAGACGGCGCUUACCAAGAGCUUUGCCGAUUUCAUCAACAUGUUCGCCCGGGCGUCCGAGUACGUCUCGUUGUUCAUCGACGACAACUUGAAGCGAGGAAUCAGGGGCAAGACGGAGGCGGAAGUCGACGCCGUGCUGGACAAGGCGGUGAUACUGAUACGGUACCUGCAAGAUCGAGACCUCUUUCAAACCUACUACCAGCGCCACCUCGGCCGCCGGCUGCUGCACGGCAAGUCGGAGAGCCACGAUGUCGAGAAACAAAUCAUCUCGCGCAUGAAGCAGGAGCUUGGACAGCAGUUCACGAGCAGGUUCGAGGGCAUGUUCCGAGACCUCGUCACAUCCGCCGAACUGACGUCGACGUAUCGCCAACAUAUGGCCAGCGUUGGUGACGGGAGCCAAACGAUCGACCUGAGCGUCAACGUCCUCACGACCAACUACUGGCCUUCGGAGAUCAUGGGCCGUCAAGGCUCGCUUGAAGUCGGCCCCCGGGUGUCGUGCAACUAUCCGUCCGACGUGAGACGGCUGCAGGCGAGCUUCGAGCAGUUUUACCUGACCAACCGCAACGGACGGAAGCUGACGUGGGUCGGCUCGACUGGCAGCGCCGACAUCAAGUGCACCUUUCCCGCCCUUCCCGGGAAGUCGGGCAUUCUGGGGCGGGAACGGCGGUAUGAGGUCAACGUGCCGACCUUUGCCAUGGCCGUGCUCCUGCUCUUCAACGAUGUGGAGGACGGCGAGAGCCUCACGUUUGAGGAGAUUCAGGCCAAGACAGGCAUAUCGACGCAGGACCUGAUGAGGACGCUGACGGCUGUUGCUGUGGCACCGAAAUCGCGGGUGCUGUCCAAGGAGCCUGCGACGAAGCACAUCAGAGCCGGUGACAAGUUCACGUUCAACGCAUCCUUCCAGAGCAAGAUCAUGCGAAUCAAAGCACCCAUCAUCAACGCCGUUUCCAAGGUCGAAGGCACGCAGGAGAGGAAGUCGACGGAGGACAAGAACAACCAGACGAGAUCGCACAUCAUUGACGCGGCCAUUGUGAGAAUCAUGAAGUCCAGAAGGGAGCUCAGCCACGCGCAGCUCGUCAGCGAAGUUCUCGGCCAGCUCUCCUCUCGCUUCAAGCCCGAGGUGUCACUGAUCAAGAAACGGGUGGAGGACCUAAUUGUUCGCGAGUACCUCGAGCGGCCAGACGAGGAAGGCGCUCCGUCAAUGUAUCGCUACGUCGCUUGA